AGUCAAAAUAUUUACGCGCUUUUCCCGAGUCUGUUUGCCCGCUUUUCUUUCGCGCGUUUCUGGCUGCGAUGUGGAAGAUAACAGCGUACAUUGAGCGGGAAAUCACUUCUGACCAAAUCAGUCCAGUCGUUCACGCAUGAGGUGCGCAUGAGUUAAGCUGAGUGCGCCCCCGAAAGGAUACCGAUCUACGAUCUCCAUGAAUGCGGUGUUGAAUUUGCGGAACCGCGACUCGGGCCGCGGUUUCUCUCGCCAGUACGAUGCGGCUCUGUGCCGGUUGCUUGUUCACGAGCGGGACAGCUGGAAGGGUAUUACGCCGUCCACCUUUUCGGCCGACUACAACCCGUCACCACCGAUUCUGGCAGCCAAGUUCGCCAAGUGCCGUGGGAAGGAACACAUACUGGCGAUUGCGAAUGAGGAUGGAAAGAUUGCGGUGCAGGACACGAACCUAACGAAUCAGGAACCGGGUGGUGAGCGGGCACUGGAGGGCAUGCAGUGUCAUUACAAUGCCGUGUUCGACAUCGAGUGGAUGCCGGGUGAUAUGAAGCUGGUGACGGCUUCCGGGGAUCACACGGCAACGCUUUGGGCCCUGACGGAGUCACAAAUGGUUAGCCAACAAAUGUUCCGCGGCCAUUCGCGUUCGGUCAAGACGGUCGCAUUCCGGCGCGAUGAUUCGGCAGUGUUUGCGACGGGUGGCCGGGACGGUGCGAUACUGAUCUGGGACAUCCGGGCGCAGGUCGGGCUGGAUAUGACGCCGCGUGCGGACAACUGCAUUUACAGUGGACAUGCCGGUGGACCGGGCACACCAUCGUCGCACCGGAAGCGGACUCGCCAAACGCCAAAGAUUCCAGCACAGGGCUGUAGCAGCAGCAUUACCGGGCUAGCGUUCCAGGAUGAGUAUACGCUGAUCUCGUGCGGUGCCGGUGACGGUGUGGUGAAGGUUUGGGAUACACGGCGCCAUUACACCAGUCACCAGCGGGAACCGAUGCCAAAGCAUAGCUUUACGUACGCUGGCACGACGACGCUGAAAGGUUUCACCAAUCUCGUGAUUGAUGACCGACGGCACCGACUGUACGUGAACUGCAUGGACAAUCACAUCUACUGCUACAACAUCUCGUCGUACGACAGCAAACCGCUGCAACGGUACGGCGGGUUCAACAACGGAACGUUCUACGUCAAAGCUGCCCUUAGCCCAGACGGACAGUAUCUCAUAAGUGGGUCGAGUGACGAGCGCUGCUACAUCUGGAACGUGGACAAUCCAAACCCGCUGGUGAAACUGGCGGGACACUCGGCGGAGGUGACCAGUGUGGCCUGGAUGCAGAGUGAUCGUGAUGUGCGGAUCGUGACGUGCAGUGAUGAUGCGCGCCACAAGGUUUGGCGCAUCGGUCCGGAAGAGAUGGAUUCGGACGAGAUGCAGCAGCUCCGUGGUUCGGCUCAGUAUUGCGAUUCCUAUCGUUCGGAUCACGCGGAAAAGGUUCGCCUGAAAUCGCUUCAAUUUACGCCAAAAACUGUACGUGGACUGAUGCUGCGGAACGAAACGACACCGAGCACACAGGAAGACAUCAAUCGCACACCAAAAGCAUCCGGUGCGGCAUUCAUAUUGGGUGCGGUUUCUUUCAGUGCCGGUGCUACCACUUCCGAGCGGGCGGCGAAAAGGACAUUCUCCGAAAUAGCCGAAGCGGAUGGGCAACGCCCACCAGUGAAACGAUCGCACCGGGAGGAAGGUCGUGGUCGUCGGCUGUUCAGUCCGGCCAACUCCAAAACACCGUACAGCUUUAAGGCGCUUGAAAUUGCCUCCAAUUCCUCCACCUCGCGCAGUCUCAACGUAAUUCUGGAAGCGUCCGAAGAGCUGAACGUAGGAUUAUCACCCUGUAAAUCGCCCCUAGCCACUGCAGACCUCAACAUACGCUCACCGGACAAUCAGCUAGCGCAACGGUGCGCAUCCCCUACGCUAAACUUGAUCCUGCCCAACUUUGUCAUCGACGGUGAAGCACCGCAUCUGGUGAACGUGCUGGCCGCUUCCGGUGGUAGCGAACGCAGUGAUCGUUCAGGCUUUUGCAGCAGUGCUGCGUUCGGAGAAGCUUCCGGCACGAUCGGUGGUAGCGGUGGUGCCGUAAAACGAAAGCUCAAGGAACAAAUUGACUGGUUAACAAAGAUCCGGAAGCAAAAGCUGCUACAGGGGGCUAAAGGCAUCGAAAAUAGCUACGGUACGGCGAUGGACAAAUCGACCGCGGCACAGCAGCUUCUUUCGCCACGACUUCAGCAGCUGAAAUCGUGUGACGAGGGGACGAGUAGCGGCGAUAGCAAUCAUCAUCAUCAUCAGCAUCAUCACGCACACGAGCAUAGUAUUGCGGCAAGCAGUUCCGAAGCACCGACCACACCUCGAAGACGAUCCUCGUGGGCGUUGAGCAGAUCGGGCAGUCCUCACGAGAGUGGUGACGAAGCGAGUCAUCGAGGUGGUGGUGGUGGAGGGACAAGAACGACACCAAGAAGCAGACGAUAUUCAACAAACGGCUUGCGAGCUACGCCCGAGUCCACCUCCAUCAGACGAUUCCUCACGGUGACCACACCCACCAGCCGGGCAAAUGCGCAAGCUUCCAGUUGAAUGGUUGUCGUCGUGGAAGGGAGGGGGGUAGCAUUGCUGUCCUGUUAUUAACUGUGGCCUUUUCCUCUUGCAUUUACUGACUGUGUAGGCAGGUUUCGCAGGCUUCACACGCACGAAGUGUGGACCGUAGUAGAUUUCAGGUUUGGUAGCAAUCGUAAGGUUGACUGUACAGGAACAGCAGACAUGUAUCGUCGUUAGCGUUUAAGGAAAGAGAUUAUCGUGCCAGAAGAUGAAAUGUAUAUAAUUUGCUGCAAAUGCUUUCGUUUUAAAGAUGCGAAGGAAGCAACAUGUGUAGAGCUGUCUGAAAUUAUUGAUUUUUACCACAAGAGAUGAAUCAUCCUAUGCGAUUAUACCCCCACAUUCACGUUACUCAUUAUGAUUUUCAAAUUAUUUUAACCUUUUGGAUUUUUCCCUUUUGCGUUGGACUUUGAAAACAUUGGCCUCCUAUUAUCGCGCGCAUAAUUUAGAGAGCAGCAGAGAGUUGUUGGAAAUUUUUGCACAGAACAUUAUCGAACUCGAUGUGAUAGGUUAGUGAUUUCGCGUUUGAAUUGUUCUCAUCAGUGUUCAUUGGGAUUUAUAAUGGAAUACUUGUUCGUACGAACUGUUUUGGACCACUAGGAUGAACAAUAAAUAUUGCCAAUAUCGCUUUCUCUGUGUGACAAUAA